AUGAGAAUCUUUUCUUUGAAUUUAUCUGUCCUUAUGGGUGGCUUUCAUUCAUUGUGUCAUCUUAUCAAUGAUUUUAUAUUUGAGCUGUCACACGCUAAAACUACACCACUUCUUAGUGAGAAUGACACUAAUUUGCUUGAAGAUGAUUAUAUUAGUUGGACUAGAUGGAUCUUAGAGCAACUUAAACAAAUGACAACACGCGUUUCUCCUCGGAUGCAUUCAUCAAAACAUCGGACACCAUUUGAAGCUAUAUAUUUAUUUUGGGUUAAAUUGAAAUCUGGUUUAUCGUUUCGACAGAUUGGUACUUCAUUCAAAAUUGACACAUCGGAGGAUAGUAUUCGGCGUCGUGUCGAGGACACAUUUCAUGUCAUACGUGUCUUGGAAAAAGAAGAGGAGCAGAAUGCUGUUGAUCAAGAUAUAUCAGUCGAUCUUGUCGAGACGUCGGUCGAAACCGAUAAAGAAAAUGUUAAUAUAGGUCAUGAACAAGUGGUAGCAGCUACAUCGACAAAAACUGCCGUUGCAACUACAUCAACACCAAAAAUUGUUGAAGCACGAAAAAGUGUACCAAAUCAACGAGAAAAUCUAGCAGAACCACGUAAAAAAACACCUAAAGGACAAUUUCUGUCCUCAAUUGGUACGGAAGAUAUUUAG